UGAUCAAUUUUCGCGGCCUCGAACCCCACGUGGGCGUGCAUUUGUCGGCUCGCAAACAGACUAUUCCCACCUACCUUGCAUUUGGUUGGCUCGGAAGUGGCUUGUGGCUGCGUGAAAUUUGUGUUUGAUCAACGGCAAGCCUGUCUGACGUUCGCUGCUGAUAUCGUUACCGAUUGAUGGAAGUACUUUGGCUAUAGUAAAAAAUAACUUAUGAAGAUUUUCAGUUCCAGAUUUUAGAGCUUUUCCGCUUCUCUGGCCGAGUUUACCCGCAAGUGUUAUCGAUGUCACGGAUUGUUGGCUGUGAUAGUUUUUUCCGACGUCCUACGACUUUUGUUAUCAGUUGAGUAUGGAAAGCAGUGUCGAGCGGCCGAUUUCUCCGAGCGAUCGAAGCGAACCAGGGGAGAAACGAUCUGGUGAUUUCGAAGAGACGGUACCUCGUAAAAAGCGACGGAGAUGCGGUGGUUGUGAACCAUGUCUGAGAAAAGUAAAUUGUGGGGAGUGCAGCAAUUGUGUCAAUAGGAAAACUGGUCAUCAGAUAUGCAAGUUUCGUAAAUGCAUUGAACUUAAAAAGGUGCGAAUUAUGUGAACGAAUGUAUUGAUUCACGCUCGAAACUAACAGUCCUCGCGCUUGCAUUUGCGCUCAAGGCUUAUCAACCGUUAACUUUAAAACAUUUAAGUAAUAAAUUCAUUUUGUCUUUGCAGAAAACGACAACGGGCAUCGCUACAAAGCGAGACGGUGUUCAGUUGCGACAGGGUAUUAAUGAGAGCGACGCGUCUGAAAUCUUGCGUCGCGUGAGUAACGAGGAGCAAGAUAAGGUAAGAUAUUUCUAUAUACGUGUAGCUUAAAAUGAUUCUAUUCUGAUUUAGGCAAGGGAGACUUUCAUAUGUAAACGAAUAGGAGAGUUUUUGUUCCUCUGAGUUUGUGCGCGAGCAAUUUAUGCGAGCGUUGUUUGCUAAUAUCUUGUCUUUAUUGUUGUGGUUUGGAUUUUUUUUCUCGAAGCGCUUUGGCGACAUCGUUGCAGAGAAUGAAACUAUCACGGAUGGCGAUUCUGGGGAAUCUAAACCGCAAAGAGCAGAUUCGCCUGCGAUAAUUGAGCAGAACGCCGUCGAAACUUCUCAGCUGCAGAACACAGAAAUCAACGCAUCUGACGAGCUCCCCAAAGACGUUCGUGUGAAUAUAACAGCAAGAGAUGUCGUGCAGCCUUCCAGUGCAGUUGAACCGAGCGUUGAAAAGCUAUUGACAACCAGCAAGCCAUCGGCUUCCCGCGGUGAGAGCGAUUUCGGACCCCCUUCUUGCAACUGCCCAGGUAUUUACAUAUUUUUUUCUUCUUGUAUUCUUAUUCAAAUCCAAAAGGUUUUAUUUACUUCCAGCCGGCGUGAAUAUUCCAUCCGCGACUGAGUCGAGUUCGACUAAUUUGGUUGAUCUCUUUUUUGGGGUGCCGCGAGCUCUAUUUACUUUCGUUUCGGCUUUUGUGGAUAGCGUGAGAUACGAAUGCCCAAGACGUGCUUUGUUUGAAGGUUUAAAUAAACCUAAUUGGGGAUUAAGACGGGUUGCUUGGAAUAAAAUUUAUUAAAGUGUACCCGAGCGGUACCAGCCCGAAAUUUGUUGACAUAAGCAUGAAAUUGAGAGCGGAAACCUUUGGGUUAGCCCACGGUGAAAUUUAUUAGUUUUGCACACGGAAAAUUACCCUAAACGUUAAAGAGGUUUUCUUAUCAAAAUUUUCAUCAGUAUCUUGUUACGAUAGAGAUCACCGUUUGUUUAUAUGUGUCGCAACCACCCGUCAAAACAGCCGCUUGCGUAUGUACACUACUGCGCCUUCAGCCAUUCAGCGUCAAGUUUUUGUAGUAAUUCCUAAUCUGCCUAAACGACACACUCCUUUGAGCUUUCGCGAAAGUUUUUAAUUCACGUUAUCGGCCUAAAUCAUUAAAUCAUCAAAGACGCAACGUGAAAUGAACCGGCGCAAAAAGGUGGAAAAGAAAACAAAGAGGCAUACGUUACCCUUUGCUAAUGGCUUCGAACGUGGAAGUUGUCGGUUUCACGGCCUAUUGUUUGGUUUCUAAAUGAUUGAUGAGUGCUCCACUCCACACGUCUCACGGCACACAUUUGUCGAGACGCGUUCUCGAUUUUUGAGGGCAACAAUAGAAAUUAACAGCUCCGAGGUGGAACCGAGUACACUAAUUGGUUUAUAUCGUAAGAAUCAUGGUAUCGAAUUUUACCUAAUCCUGGCAAAAGGUAAAGAAAUGAAGAACCUUGAUUUCGCGAUAUUAGAAGAUUAUGGAAUAAGCCAUCAAAUGCAGAGAAUAGAAACGACCGGAAGUAACUAUUAUUCGAACAUGUACCCCAGUUGCAGACAACGUUGCGGCCACCUUCUCCAAUGGGUUUAUAACUGAAAAAUGAUGUAUUAUAUUUCCCGAAGCCUUUUAAUACCACGUUGUAUUUCUGUAGUAAGAAGUCAGCGUACUUUGCAAGAAUUUUGACAUUUUCAAGUGUAAGAUUUAAGAAAAAAUAAAGGUAUUUUGUUGACAUGAUGUUAUAUUUUGCUUGCCAGUUUUUGUACAAAGGUUUUUGAAAAUUUUUUACAGAAUCUCACCUUUUUGGUUUUCGUGGUCAGCAGUUAUAUUUUCACGUGCCUAGCAAUAAUUGCCCUAUAGAAGCUCAAGCACUUUCUCUAUGUAAACAACUGGAAUAUUAGGCAAAUAGAGCUGCAGCUGACUAAAAGUACAAAAGUGUGAUUCUCUAGGCUCAUAAGUAGUUGUCCAAGCAAAAUUUAUGGGCCUGCGUUUUUUAGUGAACUGUGUGAUGCAUUACAAAAGAUGUACUGAAGUGUCCAUUAUGCUUUGUAGCAUUUUGCAUCUCUUUCUUCAGGGUAUUCAAAACAGCUUACUAAGUUUCUUGCAUUUAUUUUGGUACCUUCCUUCUUUUUAUUUGAUGCAUUGAGGUUAAAGUAACUGCAUUUUCAUACUCCUUCACCUUCCUUUAUGACUCUGAAUUUUGUUUGUAAUGGUGUUGCUACAGUAAUUCUGCAUUCCAUGGGCAGCUGUGUUAUCAGUUGUAAUCUUCCUCAUAAUCACUUCCAUGACUCCUAUAACAGUUCCAAUACACAGGUACACUUGUAGAGUAAAGUUUGAAUCUGAUCUCUGAUUCCUUAAGGUGGUCAAACUGACUCAGUUGAUUACUCUAUGGUGUAUUGAUGUGGAGCUGCUGGGGUUGUCGGGGCUUCUUUAAAGCAAUUUCCUAUUUUGUAACAGCCAUAUUGGUGUACUUAAAACUAUGAAAUAGGUGGCCAUGCAUGUUGUUGUACCAAGCCAAUCCUGUGGGUGGUUAACUCUUUCUGAGGAGGGUGGGGGGUCCUCAACAAAAUUUUGGACAGAAAAGGUACCACUUUAUACCUAUUAUUGGCAAAUGUAACCCCUUUCAAAUGGCGGUUUAUGUUCUGUCUUUUAAAUAUCAAUAAAUCACUGAGCCAGAAAGUUUUCGUGUCUCUUACACAGCUAUAAAAUCUGCCUGCCUGUUAGCCCUUUUAGAUCCUUUCAUAGUCUGCAAUGACUGAUUUCCCUACCAUUUUCAUUUACAUCAAGUAGUGAAAAAUCCUGAAGGCUGAACAAGGUACCCCUUUGUGGUGGAGCCUGAUUCCCUUAGAGGACAUUAUAGGGAGUACCCCUCACCCCAGGAUUCUUUCACUUCUUCAUGUUACAGUAAACUGACAAUACCACUUGUUAUUCAUUUCGUCACCAUGUAAAUAACAUGUUCCGAAUGGCUUUAGUUUCAGGGAAAGAAGAUGGUCCUUAUUACACUUACCUGGGAGCAGCACCAAACAUGAGUACCCUUAGAGAUGUCUUGGAACAAAGGUAAAGUGCUGAAAUUGCACUGGGUCUGUGGCCAGAUUUAUUAUGAUUGCUAACACCCGCAUUUAUAUAAGUGGGCCUCUUCAUUGUAAGGGUUAUAAUCAACACAGGUGAAGAUGCUCAAUUCUUUUAUAAAAGUCAGCUACUUUUUGGCCUGUAUGCAGUUCAAAAGGUUUUUUAAAAGUUCCUUUUCUGGGAAGGGUGUUUUGGCAUAUUUUAUUACCAUCAUAUUCAUUUUAUUUUUAAAGAUGAAUCACUUAAUUAAGCAGCCAUUUGUGUUGAUCCAGAUGGGUCAGUUCUAGAAUGGGACUGAGAUCAUGGAGAUGGGGAGUCUCGAUGUGCUCCACUCAGGGGUCCUAAUGCAGAGAUGCCAACCUCUGGAGAUCUAAAAUCUGGAGACUCUCUUUUUUUCACUACACCCUGGAAUUUUAACGGACCCCACCCCAUGACAAAAUGACCCAGCCCCCAAUGGGAAUUACUAAGGACAUUAUAUGAAGUCUUACAUGAGGUACAUAUUCGCAAUCAUUGUUUUGAUGUCAGAAAUAAUAUUUGUCUGCAAAUUAUGUCAGCGACUAAAUAUGUACUGCGAGUAAGAAAAAUUCAGGUUUUGAGCUAAAAAUUGGCUAAAUCUCAAACUAAGGUACAGAAAAGCUCAAAAGAUGAUUUUAUCCGGGAGAUAUGGUCACCCGUACUGGAGAGUGGGAAAUCGGUGCUGUAUCCAGGAGAGUUGGCGUGUAUGCUAAUGGGGUGAAGACAAGGGUCCUUGAGAAAUUUCAAAAUGUGGCCAAGACAAGACAAGACAAGAAGAUUUAUCUCAUUCGGCUCCAUUUACAUGUAACACAGAUUGAAAAAAAGAGACAAAUAAAUACAUUUACAUAAGCAAAGAAUAAAAAUUGUAGUCUCAAGAUAAGGAGCGAGUUUAGAUCAUCCAAAAUGGCAAAGGCUAAUCCCUGGGGACGAGGUUGCUUGCUCUGCAAACUUGCAAGGCAAGCUUUGUUGUCUCAGCUAUUUUCACAGUAAGAAAGAUCCACUUUAUUUGCCUUUGAAAAUAUAUAUGCAACUGAGAAAUCGCAGGACCUUCUUUUAAGAUGAAGAUUUUGAAACGUUAAUCUCUUUCUUCAAAUAUCCCUUUUUCAUUACCAGAUUCUCUAUCAAAGGCUCAGCCCUGAGAAUUGAAUUGGUGAGUAUUGACAGUCAACACUUAAAUAACGCAAUAUGGUUCACUUGCGGUUGUCAAACAGGGGAUAUAUGUAUUUAUUUCUUUGAUACCAUUUUGUCAAGCUUGUAUUUGAUUAAUGCAAAAGCACUGAGUCACUGCCUUAAGGCAAGACAUUGAUUCAAGAUAUGAAACAAUUCAUGUCAAGAAAUUAAACUGCGAGACGUUUUUAUUAUGUUAUAUUUACAAAAUUUAGACAAAUUAAAAAAUCUAACCAAUAUGACCAUUUCUUCCUUUCUUGGUGGAACCAACAGGUUAACGUUCUACCCACUCACUGGAGAAACUACUGACAGUUGAAUUAAAAAUUUUCUGCUGCAAAAAUCAACGAAAAGAAACUAGUUUUAGUAGCAGGCUUCAUUAGGUAACUGUCGGGCUAAAGGUGCGUAAAUCUAUUCAUUAAACAACAAAAAUAGAAAGUCAAAGACAUUGAAAGCGUCGAACAAAAGUUGCAUGCCGUAUUUUUGGGGUUGUUUUUUUUUCAGGUAUUAAAAUGUUGCUUUUUUGUUUGAUUUCUUUCUUUUAUUAAGUGUUAAUUGAUACUUAAAAUAACGGACCAUUUGUUUUAGAAGGUUAAAAGAUCCAUAACGGCCACGAGACGAGACACAUAAAAUACGUCCGUAAUAGCAAAUUGUGACCAACGUUUUGUCCUAGGGAAUCCAUUUCCAGAAAAAAUGAAGACUUCAAUAUGAGGAGAGUUCUUCAAGCCUUCCUACUUCGAGUCACUAGCCAGCCUUUGCCCCGCCCGCCCCACCCCCAAUUUUUUUCAAUGAUCCGAGCACAGAGAACGUGUAUGGCCACUUUGCUAAUUCCAAUAAACUCUUUAUCGUUGGUUUUUGUUAUUAAUCAGGUUAUUCGUCGUUCCGGUAAGGAAGAGAAGAUAUUGGUCCUGGCGAAAAAGCGAGUUGAUCACGUUUGUGAAACGUCCCUGAUUGUAACUAACAUAGUGUUAUGGGAAGGUGUUAACCAGGCGAGAGCGGAUAACUUGUAUAAGCACCUUAGCACUGUUCUACCACAACAUGGUGUUCCUACUGCCAGACGAUGCGGAAUAAACGAGACGUAAGAAUACAUACUUUAUAUACAGAAACAAUUUCGGAAAGCACACAAAUUAGAACUGAUGAAAUUCUCGUUCGUUUGUUGAUUCCUUGAAAUACUUGGAAGACGGAAGACCUGAGUUCAAGUCGCGCUGCAUUUGUGUUUCCGGAUUUGUGUGAAUAGUCCAUUUCCCAGUUGCCUCAAGCCUCUGUUUCAAAGCGAGGCUAAGUGCGAAGCCAUUGAUACAAAAAUGAGUUUUUAUUCUCAUGCGGGGAAACUAACUCAUUUUCACAACAAAGGUUUUGCAAUUUGCCUCGUUUAGAAAGAGAGAGUUUUUGGACUGAAUUGGAAAUUGCUUAAUUCAACUCCUCUGUAAUGCUUUUAAAGGUUGUUUUUAUUUUCCACUUGUCAAUAAUUAUUAAUUUGAGUGCCUGUAAACUAGAUAGCUAGAGCAGCUUAGUGCACUUCCACUCACCAAAGGAUUUACCAUUUUUAUUGCACUGCAGCAAAUCAUGUGCCUGUCAGGGGACAAGUGAUGAUACUUGUGGUGCGUCCUUUUCUUUUGGCUGCUCCUGGAGCAUGUUUUAUAAUGGUUGCAAGUUUACUCGUAGCAAAUCUCCGCGCAAGUUUAAAUUACUUGAUCCUUCCAAGGUAGGUUAUUAUUUAACUUGCACUGCACUAACUUCUCUUUAAGGGCCCUUUCUCUGAUCAUUUGUGGGAAUUAGAAAACAUUUUUAUACUCUUGAUAUGAACUCAAUGUCAUAAAACACGUACACGCGGCUACAUUGCAUGUCCCCAACUCCUAAAAUAAGUAGAUUUACAGUUAAGUUUUGAAGUUUGUGCCGAAGACGAAAGCAACCUCGCUAAGCUCAUGCGCAAAUGUUUUUUGUACGCCUUGAAAGAGGGUAAAUCAUUUCUUCCCGCUAAAUCAGCUGUUGUGAUAAUUUUCCUUUUGCUUUUUUGUGUUCAUAGGAGGAAGAAUUAGAAACAGUAAUGCAAAACUUAGCGACUGACUUAUCCUUUGCGUACGAGAAGAUUGCUCCAGAGGCCUUUAACAACCAGGUGAGAUAGCAGAUAGUUAAAGACGGCUCAAUAUCCAGGUCAUUUAAUACGACUGAAGCUUACUGAUCCGGUUUAUGUGGCUUGAAUAUCCUCAAAAUGGUAUUUAUCCAUCGAAACGGAGGCUAACUGUUUGCAAGGUUAAUCCUGCGUACACUGUAGUUUCUUACUGGUUAUGGAUAGAGAUUUAUCUGCCCUGGGUUUCAGAGACUUGUUUAGCGGUUUCCCUUCAUUCUGUCAAGUCUUUAUCGCCGCUCUUAGCUUAGCCGAGCCCGAAAUAUUCCACCGAAAUUUAAAAAACUUGUGGUAAGCAGGGUAACAUGUGUCCACUAGAUUGCCAUGUCGUCGCACCUUUGUAACAACCAGAUAUGAAAGGCUGUAUCGAGGCUGGGCCAAGACUCAAGAAGAUCUCCGAUUCUGAGUGUUAUUUUAUUCAACGUCUUCGUUAGCAAUGGUCAUUACCAUUUUAAUACUAAAAUUCAGGUAUAACCGUGACUUAAUAGAACUUCGUGAAACGGGUCUUUGGUCAAGAGCUCUAUAGCUCUUGCUCUGGUCCAUCGGUGCAAGAAUGAUUACCGUAAAUCAUUAGUCGCCAUAAGUCGGGAAUUUCUUGUGAUGCAAGUUAAAGGUGACGCGUUUCUUCUUUUUUGUUUGUGUGUUUCUUUAUAUGAACUUUGCGUGCCUCUUUGUCAGGUCAAACAAGAAAAGGAAGGACUCGAGUGCCGCAUUGGAAAUGGCGAAAAGCGACCAUUUUCAGGGGUCACCUGUUGUGUGGACUUUUGUGCGCAUAGCCACAAGGAUCAGCGUAACAUGGAUGGCGGAGCGACACUGGUAAACACAAUCUUUAGUUUUAUUUUUAUCUUUUGUUUUCAAGGCUGUAUCCGGUUCGGAUGAUUUGCCAUCUUUAAAGUCCGUAGUGUUAAAAUUUUGACGUAAACAUUAGAUUUACUUUUGAGCAUGACAUUUAUGUUUGGUAGGUGCUAAAGGAUGCAAACAUCAAACAAUAACCAAAAGUGCAAAAUCCCUAGCCACCUGCAGGCCCAGUUUGUUCAAACGUUGGAUAAUGCUAUCCAUCGGAUAAAUCACUAUCUCGUGGAUAUUAAAGUAUUGGAGAAACCAAUUGCACUAUUCACUACUGGAUAGUAAUUUAUCAUGCAGUGGAUAGCGCUAUCCACCUUUUGAACAACUGGGGCCUAGUCUUAUUUGACAAUGUCCUGCAAAGAUGGAGUUGUUGCAUUAUUGGCAAAAGAAAAACUGUCCAAACGUGGUAGGACUUCGGUCUAAGACUCUUGAGUCUUCUACUUGUUGAGGUGCAAGACGGCAAUAUAGCGAAUGACCUGUUUUUACCUUUGGGACACUUUGGAAAUUAUGUCAUGCCUAGCCACUUUCUUGACCCUCCUGUGGGGGUAUCACCUGGUUACUCAACUGUGAAUGGACAGGAAAACUCUCCAAAACACCCGGCUAACAAGGCAGUGAAAAACCAGGAACACCGUAGAGAAGAACGAAAAGAAGUGUUUCACGAUAUAAACAACAAUCAGACUUUUGUCCCUUUGGAUGGGCGUCACAUCCCACAUGGACAUGCGCAAUCGGUACAUGGCUUUCCCACUUCUGUCAUCCACCAUCACCCAGCUUCCAACCACGUGAUGAGCAACUGUUACAAUGGACGGUACCCCCCUCAAGGUUCCUCAUUAUUUCAGUACCAUCCUCAUCUUGGCAAUAACUACGUUUUGAAUCACUGUCAUGCGCCAGAAGUUCACUGGGUUGACGAGAACCACAUUCCCUAUUUGUACCGCAAUCCCGGACACUUAAAUUACUUUCAAAGUUCGGCGCUUGGUUACGUUGACGAAAGAAAGGUUCCAUUUGUAUCCGGGCCUUGGAACUGUCGAAUACCGUUCGAUAAAUCCGUUAGUAUGAGCAGCUCAUCGACAAACCGUGUCACGGAAUACGCUAAACCAAAGACUGUGAUUCAUCACUUCAACGGUGCCUCUCGGGAAAUGGGGAGAACGUCACAAAUCAAAUGGGUGGAUGACAAAGAGGUCCCGCUCAUGAGAGCAUCGGGUAUUGCAUCUUUUGACGAAAAUGGGAAUGUGAAAGAAGAAGCGGUAAAUCGUAAAAAUGAGAAAGAUCUGUUCAAUUUUGAGCAGGCGAAAAGGUCUUUCAGGAUUGAAGAAGAUAUGGGAGGAGUAGCAAUCGCUCUUGGCCAUGGGUCGUUGCUUAUUGAGGUUGCUAAGAAAGAGCUGCAUGCCACGACUCCUUUAAAGAAGCCCAAACGGCAGGAUCCUACACGCAUUAGCCUUGUAUUUUAUCAACAUAAGCACAUGAACCUCACGCUUCACGGCCUUAAUGAAUGGGAACAGAAAGUGGCAAAGAAGAAAAUGGAGGAAGAGGCUGUCAAUAUGGAGUCUGAUCCCGCUGAAAAAGAUGCUUUUGCCUUUCAACCAAACGUUGAAGAACGAGAAGUAGGAUACUUAGACAUGCUGGCAGAAACAGCUCUGUCAAGAGCGGACAAUGAACCUGGCAUCGUAAAUAGCUACGUUUCUAAAGCGGGUCAUUAUUCUGUCCAGUCCCCAUCGAUGAAUGGCAACUCUAUAAGGCCAGGUAGCGUCAGUGAAACCUCAGUUAAUCGAACCUUUAGUUUAUCAGAUCACCAUCCUUCCACCCCGAUACAACUAGGCAACUCAGGAAUGAAUUUUGUAGGUGGAAAUUACCCAUCUAAAGGUCUUCCAAAUAAUAAUGUGGAAGAAAACAGAUCGAUUGGUGUUAACGGAGAAAUUACCACUGGAUGGUCUUUGGGAGGAAAUGAUCAAAAUAAACAUUUUCAUCUGUCUCCAAAGGCGAGACGUCCAGACCAUUUGUUGAUGCCCUCUUUUGACGGUUCUCAAAACAAUGACUUGUCCCCAACUACGAGAAAUCAGACUUGGGGAUCUUCUCCCCAUGUUCAUCACAGCGGUGGUGGACUCAAAAACCCCAGUUUGUCUAGUAGUUUCUCAAGAGUCAGUAGCAAGGUAGAUGCAGAUCAUGUCUCAUCUGGUGCAAAUUCCAGUUUGAAUCGUGUAGAGUUGUCAUCAUCACAAGACGAAGGACUGAAAUGUUUGUCUUUUUCGAACGGAAUGAUUCCUAAUAAAGUUACCAACACUGAGGCGUCUGUAGUAAAGUCACGCGAUGAACGAGGAAGUACUAGCUCUAAUUUCAGUGUUUUGAGACUUUUAGGAGGUGAAAAUAUCAAGGAGAACAAGUCCAAUACCGCUUCAGCAUCAUACAGGAUAAGUAACAUCCUUGGAGAUGAGAGAUCUUUGUCAAGGCCGCCGCCCGGUGAAAGCAUUGUUGAGAGACCUUCGCAUUCCAUUACACGUGAAAAAGAUCGUGGGGGCCCUGUGAUGUAUUCCAAUCCUUCAGAGCCGUCAAUGCAACUUUCCGCUUCCCCGAGAAUUCCAUUUUUACCGCCAUUCCCACUCUCUCCAGGAGAAGGUAACAAGCUUAGCAGUGGUCCAGAGAGGUCUUACCUAGACCUUUCGAUGGCGGCCAAUCGCUUGUUCGGCGGCUACAGUCCAUACAAAUUUGGUGUACCUUUCCCGACGUUUCCAAGCUUUUACAUGCCUCCUUUUCAUCCACUUUUCGCUGCCAGAAACGGCCUUUCAUCAAAUCUUGCUCUUGUAAAUUCGCAGAACUAUUUGUCAUCUUUUAUGGAUUCUGCAAAGCGGAUAGGUAGCACGAAUGGAAUAGACCAUGCAUCGCUAACAACCAUCUCAACUGCCACACGGACUGGAGUAAGUUAUCCUAUUGACACGCUUAUUACUGUAGCUCCUUACACACAAACAUGUGUCACAGGCCACUACCAGAACUGGCUCUGA